AUGGCUUCUCGACCUUCUCUCUUCCUGCUUGUAGCCUCUUCCGUAUUAGCACUAACUCUCUUCUCCAUUGCUGCAUCAGCAAGCUCGGACGAUUCCGUCAUUGAAUUAACUCAAUACAAUUUUGAUCGGCUCGUAACAAAUAGUGAUGCUCCAUGGAUUGUUGCAUUUGUUGCUCCAUGGUGUGGUCAUUGUCAAAGACUUCAUCCAGAAUAUGAUAAGGCUGCUAAAUCUCUCGGAGGUGUAGUUAAUAUGGGACGAAUCAAUUGUGAUAAUGAGAAGGAAUUGGCACAACGAUAUGGAAUUAAGGGUUUUCCAACCAUCAAAAUCUUCCCGGCCUUCAAAUCCUCAAAACAAAGUCCAGAGGAUUAUCAAGGCGCACGUGAAUCUGGAUCUCUUGUCAGCACUGCACUCUCGUUAUUGAAUGGUGUCAGAGAUCCUGUCAAGAAAAUUGAGACUGAGGAAGAAUUGACUCAAUUUUUAGCACCAACCGAGGAGGGUGAAAACAUGUCCAAGGUUGUUCUCUUCAGUUCCAAAUCCGCAAAUCCAAACUUAUUUAAAUCCAUUGCUAUUGAAUUUACAAGUAAGAAGGUGAAUUUUGCAUUUGUUGGUGAUGACAAGUUUUUGGACAAGUUCGGCAUUGACAAGACACCAGCUGUUUUACUAUUUAAGAACGCUGAAGAUUUUAUCAAAUAUGACGGUACCUCAUUGAAAAAGACUAGUUUGGUUCAAUUUAUCGAGUCCAAUAUUGAGAAGGGCGAUCGCACACCAGUGGCACCUCCAAAGAAAAAGAAGACCUCUAGCCACUCGGUCACAGUCAUUGAGGAUCAAGACACUUUUUCAAAGAAGUGUGAAAAGAUGUGUGUCAUUGGAUUUGUGGACGCUCAAAAUGAUGCACAAGUCUCAACCCUUAAACAAGUAGCUGAAAAGUAUCCAGAGAAUGUUGUUGUUCAGGUCAACGCUGGAUCGAGCGCCUCUUCUGCUCUCAAAACUCUUUUCAAUCUUGAAGACAGUAACAUUGAAGGUGGUUUCGAUAUGGCUGUUUUCAGAGGUCACAAGCUCAAGUUUGCCACAAAGCAAGGAGUUAAAAACGUGAGCGAUGCCUCAAUCUUGUUGGAUCGAGUCAUUGGAGGAGAUCAAACUUUCCAUACUCUUAAAGAAUUCCCACAAAUUGGAGGUGAAUCGUCAAAUACUGCAACAAAAGACGAGUUGUAA